AUGUACGUUAGAGAUACAUGUAAAAGAAUAAGUAGUGAUGGGAAAGCAGUGAACGGAGGUCAACUCGCUCAUCCUGGCCGUUACACCCUCCGAUUGCUGUCAUCAUGGUAUAGACUUCCAUCUCAGGGGGCUGGAUGGGGCAGAUAUUGUUUUUCAGGACAGUUGGAGAUGAUUCAAGAAGGUGGUAUAAAUUCUAAAUUUUGUGACUAUAGUCUGGGCAAUUGUAAAAUGGACUUGUCAAAUCGUGAUAAACAACUUCAUGUUGCUGUGAAGAAGACAGCACUGAGAGAUCUGCAGAAUGAUAAUAAAAUCAUGGUGCCAACCUCUACUGGAAGCUCUUCCGUUUUAAAGGAUAAGGAUCCCGGUACUGAUUCUAAUAAAGUUUCCGGCACCAAGAGACCCUUGUCUGACUACGCUGUGAACCAGCAUCUCCAGCAAUCUCCAGGCAAUAAUUCUGCAAAUGGACAUCUUGUGUAUGUCCGCAGAAAAUCAGAAGCAGAACUGGGCAAGGGCACUGCUUUUGAAAAUCCAAGUAUUAGUGCUUACUGUUCACAUUCGAAGCAACUUUGUUGUGGAGAGGAGACUGCUCAACCAAAAUCUCAGAUAAAGGAGCCACCUCAGAUAAAGGAAUCAAAGGUUUCUUGUUUCCCAGCAUUUGCACCUUUUCCUAUGGCUUCUUCAGUGAACUCAUCUGGAAAGCCUUCAAUUCCUAUUUCUAUUGGGAAAUCUCCCAUGAAGUUAGCACAGGUUGAGUCCAAUUAUGUGACAUCUUCUGGCCAUACUACCACCAUUGGUAAUCCUAAGGGAUUAAAAAAUUUGCACUGGGAAGAGCGAUACCAACAACUGCAGAUGUUUUUGAGGAGGUUGGACCAGUCGGACCAAGAAGAAUAUAUCCAAAUGCUUCGCUCCCUGUCCUCAGUUGAACUUAGCAAACAUGCUGUUGAAUUAGAGAAGAGAUCAAUUCAGCUUUCAUUAGAGGAAGCCAAAGAAUUAAAACGUGUAGCUGUUUUAAAUGUCUUGGGUAAAUCAGUGAAGAACUUCAAAGCGCCAGCCGAUCACGAUGAAUGUGCAGACAAGUUGAAGCCGUCAUCAUGA